GGCGUCGUUGUUCUCUGCCCGGUGUGGCUCGCGCUGGAGAGAAGCUCGGUGUUAUGCCGCCAGCGGCUGCCUCCGCCGCUUCAGGAUCCCUCCCCGCGUGAUUUUCUUCUACGUUGCUCCUCGCGAAGGGGCAAACGAGCGAGGCGCUACAGGCGGAGCACAUCGGGGUCCUGUCACCUACAAGCCUUCGUGUCCUUCCGCGCUUCCCUGUUUCAACCAUGUCUGACAAAAGUGAACUGAAGGCGGAGUUGGAGCGCAAGAAGCAACGAUUGGCUCAAAUUAGGGAGGAGAAAAAAAGAAAGGAGGAAGAAAGGAAGAAAAAAGAGACUGAUCAGAAGAAAGAAGUUCUUCCUGUACAAGAAGAAUCUGAUCUUGAAAAGAAGAGAAGAGAAGCUGAAGCAUUACUUCAGAGCAUGGGGUUAACACCUGACUCUCCUAUUGUCCCUCCUCCUACCUCUCCGUCUUCCAAAUCUGUGAGUACGCCAAGUGAGGCUGGAAGCCAGGACUCUGGUGAUGGUGCUGUUGGAUCUAGACGUGGGCCUGUUAAACUUGGAAUGGCCAAAAUUACACAAGUUGACUUUCCUCCUCGAGAAAUUGUUACGUAUACAAAGGAGACGCAAACACCUGUUAUGACUCAACCAAAGGAAGAUGAGGAAGAUGAAGAUGAUGUGGUUGUACCAAAGCCAUCAGUUGAACCUGAGGAAGAAAAAACAUUAAAAAAAGAGGAGGAGGAGGAAGCUGCCCCUCAUGAACUUACAGAAGAGGAAAAACAACAAAUUUUGCAUUCUGAAGAAUUUUUAAGUUUCUUCGACCAUUCCACAAGGAUAGUUGAAAGAGCCCUUUCUGAGCAGAUUAACAUUUUCUUUGACUACAGUGGAAGAGACUUAGAAGACAAAGAAGGAGAAAUUCAAGCAGGAGCAAAACUGUCCUUAAAUAGGCAGUUUUUUGAUGAACGUUGGUCAAAGCAUCGCGUUGUCAGUUGUUUGGACUGGUCAUCUCAGUACCCAGAAUUACUUGUAGCCUCUUACAACAACAAUGAAGAUGCGCCUCAUGAGCCUGAUGGGGUAGCCCUUGUCUGGAACAUGAAGUACAAGAAAACUACCCCAGAGUAUGUCUUUCACUGCCAGUCAGCAGUGAUGUCAGCUACAUUUGCAAAAUUUCAUCCCAAUCUGGUGGUUGGUGGCACGUACUCAGGCCAAAUUGUGCUAUGGGAUAAUCGCAGCAAUAAGAGAACCCCAGUGCAGAGAACUCCACUUUCAGCUGCUGCUCACACGCACCCUGUGUACUGCGUAAAUGUUGUUGGAACCCAGAAUGCUCACAAUCUGAUUAGUAUCUCGACUGACGGGAAGAUAUGCUCUUGGAGUCUGGACAUGCUUUCCCAACCGCAGGACAGUAUGGAGCUUGUUCACAAACAGUCCAAGGCUGUGGCAGUUACAUGCAUGUCCUUCCCUGUUGGAGAUGUCAACAACUUCGUUGUUGGAAGCGAGGAAGGCUCGGUGUAUACUGCAUGUCGCCAUGGCAGCAAAGCAGGAAUCAGUGAGAUGUUUGAAGGACACCAGGGACCAAUCACAGGUAUCCACUGCCAUGCAGCAGUUGGACCUGUAGACUUCUCACAUCUUUUUGUCACCUCUUCUUUUGACUGGACGGUAAAGCUUUGGACAACUAAGAAUAAUAAGCCUCUGUACUCAUUUGAAGACAACUCAGACUAUGUUUAUGAUGUUAUGUGGUCUCCAACUCACCCUGCCUUGUUUGCGUGUGUGGAUGGGAUGGGGAGACUUGACCUGUGGAACCUCAACAAUGAUACUGAGGUACCAACUGCAAGCAUUUCUGUGGAGGGCAAUCCUGCUUUGAACCGUGUGAGAUGGACACAUUCUGGGAGAGAGAUUGCUGUCGGUGAUUCAGAGGGACAAAUAGUUAUAUAUGAUGUGGGAGAGCAAAUUGCCGUUCCUCGCAGUGAUGAGUGGACUCGAUUUGGUCGAACGCUGGCAGAAAUAAAUGCCAACAGAGCUGAUGCUGAAGAGGAAGCUGCAACCCGAAUACCAGCGUAGAUAUUAAAAAAAAUAGGUAGCAGUGGUAGAUUUGAAAAUGAUUUGAUGCAAGUCUUCAAAGUGUAAGCAUGUGUCAGUUUAAUAGCUUGAGGGAAGAAUAUAUGGAUUAAACUAAGGACUUUGGUAAUGUAUUAAGAUCACUGAAAAAAUGAAAUCUUGCAUUGUCACUUUUUAAUAUGUAAAUUACAAGCACAUUCUUGGAUUUGUGUAACUUUUAAUACAGUUGACUUUGACUUUGCAAGGAACUUAUUUUGGUGAAACACUAACCUGGUGUAAAUUUGCUGUUAGACUUCUGGAAUUUCCACUUUAUAACAGUGUAUCUAUUUCUGAAAAGUAGACAGUGUUUCUAAACUAAACUUUCUGUAUUACACUGACUGACCUUCAUUACAUAGUUAAUCUCUGAAGGGUCCUAUAAAUUGAACUAUUCAAACCACCCAUGGAAAUGCAUGCAUAUGUUCCAAGUAAGUUUCACUGUUUAUAUACAGAUAAGCCUCAGACUUUGGUAGUGGGUAAAAUAUGUGAAUAAAAACUUGUCUGUAGUUACAAACUUAUUUGAUAAUUGGACCUGAAUUAAUGAAACACAUAUUUAAUACUAAGUCUUUUUUUCUUUGAAUUGGUGCAUUAAAAGGUGAGACUGAUUUAUAAAUAAAUAUUACAUGAGCACAUGUCAGCUGCCCUGACCCUUGAUCUGUCUCCCUUCAGCAGUUUCAGAGUAGAAAGUUGCUGGGGGCUGCUGCUUUCAUUCUACAAAGCAAAUCACAGGGUUGAUUUCCACCCCAACCUCCACUUCCUACCACAGCAAUCAGUCAAAAGGAAAAAGGCUACUGUUAUCAGAUAUUUCUUUUCCAAUGCCUAAGAGCUAGAUUUUGGCUUAACUGCUAUUGUGAUUAUUUGCAUUUUUGUAACUACAGACUUGCUACUAUUCUUAAAAAAAAAAACAAAAAAACAAAAAAAAAACUAUUGAAACUACAUCUUGCAGGAGUUUGAAACAAGGGCUGAAAUUCCUGGUACAGGUUGAAUAUUUUGAGUAAAUUUGUUUUUAGGACAUUCAGAAGCUUUCCAUCAAACUUGAAUGAAAAAAACACUUAAAGGCUUUUUAGUUGAAGCUAACUUUUUCUCACAAUUUUAAAUAAAUAUUCUGACUUAUACUGAUUAUGCAGUAAACCAGUACUUAGGACUGACAACUUUAGGCCAAAAGUAAUCAUGUUUAGUUUCUCUUAUUAUCAGCUACAAAUUGCUGAAAGAGACAUUUUAUUGGCUUAAAAGUAAGAAACAGGUUUAUAUUGUUACUUAACUGGCACCAGGGCCAGGAGUGUUUUUUGUGGUUCUUUAUUUUCCUUUUUUGUUUCAUUCCAUUACUGCAGCCAGCAUCUGUAUGAAUUACUUGUAGUAGCAGUUUUGUCUCCAGGAGGUUUGCUUUUCAGGGGGUUUGAAAGGAAAUGUCUUCAGAUUUCCAUCCGUGUUGCCUUGUCAAAAGUACCUCUUCUCCUCUACUUUUUCAGUCCAAAGUCAUGCUGUUCAGUAUGACAUUUGCCUUGUACGAUUUCUUCAACCUUAGGACAGCAGCUGUCCGUUCAGUUGCGAAACAUGUGAACUAUAUAAAGAGCAGGCACAUCAUGUGAUGAUUUCUACCCUUUAGGCACAGGAAUCCUUAAUGAACAGAACGUUCUGGUAUCUUGCUGGAGUUUUUUUGAGACUUUCCCAUUUCAUAAGUAAGUCUUCCUUCAGAUUUGCAUUUUCAGAAAUCUGUAGAUAAGACUUUCUUUUUGGUGGGCAUAAACAUAUAGGUCAUAUGUAAGAUAAGACUAUAGCUCAAUUUUAGUAUUUUUGUAAUUUUCAUGAAAACUACAUAUUUUGUAUUGAUUCUCCCUUGUCCUCCUAUCUCACAAAAUAGGUAGGCAGAGUUUUUUGUUUUUUUAAAACAAAAGUUGUAAAAAUUGCAUCUGCAAAGUUAAGACCAAUACUGAAGCUGGAUACUGUGAAUAACCAUCCCAGGGGCCAUACUAUCCAAUUGCUGCUUUGGAGCUGUAAAAAAUAUAAAUGUCAUCUCCCAUUGUAAAGUCUCUUAAGGCCUUGAUCAAGUCAGUCAACAAGCUGUGACAAAGAUUAAAUGCCAGUGGGUACCUCGCAUUUCUGUAUCUCCUUAGAAGAGAGCAGAACAAAAUACGCAGAUAUGGGAGUGAGUGUUCCUUGGAAGCCUGUAUCUAGGCAAACUGUGUGAAACAGCUAAUUUUUGUAACAGAACAAGAAUGAGGACAAGAAGCCUUGUAAUGGAGUUAAAUGCACGUAACAGACUAGUGAUCAAAGACCUGAGUUUAAUGUAAUGUAAUCUCUCAGUCAUUAAAUACUGCACAGCAGCAAAAGAUUCUUCAUCUUACCCAGAGGCUAUAGCUGAAGGAAGGCUUGGUUAUGUUUAUAUUACUCAGUUUUUCAAAAACCUAUAUUUUCAUAACUACCUAGAACUCCGAUCUGCUGUCCUGAGCAGAAGAAUAAUCACCACAAAACAGUUUAUACUGCUGAGGUACACUGAGCUUCAGGAUGUUUGACACUGAAAGAAAGAAGUGUGUUAAACUAAAGAUUGGAGAUUAUCAUCCUUCAGUAAACAAGGAUGGAAACUCACCUAUCGCCUUUCUGGCUCUACAGAUAGUAUGAAUUUCUCUUGCUGUAGGACUGUAGAAAUCUAGACGUCUCAAUUUCCUCUGACAUACUGGAUUUAAAAACUACAUCCAAUAAAGAGAUAAAAUGUCUGUUAAAACUUAAAAUAAGCCUUUCUCUCCUCUUUCUACUUAGCAUUAGAUUAUACCACUCAAUUCAAAUUUAUGCUCUAUCUAGGAAUUCUCGUUUGCAUCUGAGUUUUCCAGAAUAACCUUGUCUCUCUAUGGUAAAACAAUCUAAAGAGAAUGCUUUCAACUUUUCUUUCAGAAGGGAAAGCUUCUUGUAGUGCCCCAUUUUCCUUAUAUGGAUUCCUCUGCAUUUGUUUCCAGAUCGCUCAGUUCUUAUGUAUUUCAAGACCAAAACCAGGCAGGAUUAUAAUUCCAUUGGAGGUCAUUUUACUACAGUUAUAGAGGCAGAAUGGUUUUCUGGAUUAUGCAGGAGACCAAAUGCAUCUCCAGGCAGAUCCACCUCAACAGCAAGACUUGUCCGCUGUUUGAUCACUCGAUUUUCAUAUAAUAUUUACUAGUCCUCUUGAUUUUAAUACCUUUGCUGUAAAAAGCUGAGUGGAAUGCAUUCCUCCAAAGGCUACAUAAUGUAGGCUAGUCUUAACCUUUGAUCUGUGAUCCUUAAUCUGCAAAAAGAAAAUCAUACGAGACAAGAUUUCUAUAAAUACUAAGUAGUGAAUUGACUUAAAUGUUUUUAAAUAUUUUAUUGUCACAUGAUUCUUAACAAAACACUUUCAAAACAUUCUGUACAUUUCAAACUAUUUAGAACUGCAAUACUCAUUAUAUAAAUGUAUGUAUAUUGAUGCCAUGAUGUCUCUGUACAGAGAUGUACAAUAUGUACAGUUACAUUAAAAGUAGGAUGUGCAAGGCAAAGUCUAGGCUAUAGAUUCAUGCCACUCAUUGAAAACAAGGCAUAGAACCAAAGCAUCAGUUUCUUGUGUGCAAAUGACUAGUUUAUAAACAAAUAAAUGCAUUUAUAUAUACUUAUUAGAAA